CGCCCCCCUCUACUCAACUGACCGUGCAGGAGCAACUUAUGCGUGGGAACAAAACUUCGUACAUUUCGCUUACUUAUUAAGGAUUAAAUGAAAUAACCUAUUACAAACGUAUCAGUUUUUUAGUAUUUCAUAGUAAUUAAUGCUUACACGAUGACACGAGAGGAGGACCUGUUGCGGAUUGCUAAAAAGCUAGACAAGAUGGUGUCUAGAAAUAACAUGGAUGGGGCUCUAGAUCUUCUAAAGGAAUUGAAAAGUUUCAACAUGACGCUGAAGCUACUUCAGGAUACAAGAAUUGGGAUGUCUGUUAACGGAAUAAGAAAACAUUGCACAGAUGAAGACGUGGUCAACCUGGCAAAGGUUCUUAUCAAAAACUGGAAGAAGCUUUUAGAAUCAGCUCAAAACCAGAAGUCUGAAAAACCAAAUGAGGUGAAAAAUGGUAAUUCCACCAAGCCGCCAGGGUCACCCAACAGGACGUCUGCUGAGAGAGAGUUAAGUCCACAAAGGUCGACUACGGAAAUUAAACUCGACUUAGCCUCAAAUAAGAAACUCGAUGACAAACACCGAGAGAAACGAGAUGCCCACCUGAGAAAAGAAAAAGAGGAAAACGAUCACAAAAAAGAGAAACAGUCUUGUAACAAUAAAAAAGAACCUGAGAGGAAAGAUACAUUGAACAGUGAUGUAGUCCCCUCCCCUUUGCCGCAUUCGACUCCGCCCCCUAAGAGUCUUCCAGCUGGGGAAGUGAAGAGGGAGAGGAAAGAUGCGCCUGUUGAUUUUUUCCCUCCUGCUUCUCUCAAUUUUCACCCUCCUUUAAGACGCUCAUCCACAGACGUAAAGAAAGAGAGAAAAAAUCCUGUGGGCUCUUUACAUUCUACGCCUCCUCUUCAAUCACAUCUAUCUAAACAUCCCAUCACAAAUGGAAAGAAAGAGAGUGAGACUGGAUUAUCUUUACGCAGGAGAGAUGUUCCUGAUCCUCUUCGUCAUCCUGCUCAUCUUCAACCUCCUCAUCCUCCUCCUUUUCCCAUCCCUAAGCGUUCAUCAGAUAUGCAGAAAGAGAGGAAAGAUGCAUCUGAAACUGUCCCUUCUGCUCUUCAUCACUCUCUGUCUCAGCAUUCUCCUCCUCCUCUCAAACGUCCAUCUGUUGACUCGCCAAAGGAAAGGAUGAAAAAAGCUCCUGAUCCGAAUGCCCCUCUUCCUCCGUUACCCUUUCACCUUCAUCCUCCUCAGAAACAAGAACUGAAGAAAGAGAGAAAAGAAACGGCGGAUCCCAAUGCUCCGCUCCCUCCUGUUCCUCUGCAUCUUCAGCCCCCUGUAAAACGCCCCUCAUUAGACACGAAGAAAGACAGAAAAGACACAUCAGAGUUGAAGCGGCGGUCGUCCGAGCACAAUGAGAAAGACAGAAAAGAUCCAAGAGACAGUAAGCCACUCAAAAGGCCUUCUGUGAAGAUCAAGAUUGAGAGAAAAGAUUCUACAGAUUCCAAAAAGCAGCUUCCCAGAAAGCCAAGCCUGGACGGACGGAGAGACAGUAAGGACUCCAAGUCAAGCCAUCAUGCUUUGAAACGGCAGUUAAGUGAACCUAAAUUAGAGAGGAGAGACUCCACUAGCUCAAAGUCUGGCAGUUCACCUCAGGCCAAGAAAUCUGGUGAAAGCAAGGGUAAACCAGAGACCCCCACAACCCCCACAAGCCCCCUGUCCCCAUCAUUCAGCUCCUGGGCAGGUCCCCUGUCACCUCAUCUGCAGACCGGGGAUUCCAUCAGAGACAAAUGCAUUGAAAUGCUGGCCGCCAGUCUGCGUACAGAUGAUGAUUACAAAGACUAUGGCGCAAACUGUGAGACCAUGGCGGCAGAAAUCGAGGAUCAUAUCUACCAGGAGAUAAAAGCCACAGACAUGAAAUAUAAAAACCGAAUCCGCAGCCGCAUGAGCAACCUCAAGGAUCCCAAGAAUCCCAAUCUGCGUAAAAACGUCUUAGCUGGAGCCAUCGAGCUGAGCCGCAUAGCAAGCAUGACUGCCGAGGAGAUGGCCAGUGAUGAACUGAAGCAGCUGAGGAACGUGUUGACCCAAGAGGCCAUUCGAGAACAUCAGAUGGCCAAGACCGGUGGAACCUCCACUGACCUGCUGCAGUGCGGCAAGUGCAAGAAGAGAAACUGCACCUAUAAUCAGGUGCAGACCCGUAGCGCUGAUGAACCGAUGACCACCUUUGUGUUAUGCAAUGAAUGUGGCAAUCGCUGGAAGUUCUGCUAACUUUUGACCAGAACCCAAACAUCAAUGAUGCCAAUGGAUUUCUCGUUUUUUUAAUAUAAUACAAGUAAUAUAUUUGAUUCUACCAUAAAAUGACCCUGAAUUUAUCAUAUGUAAAUGAAUUAUAUAACUCUUACAGAGGUUCACGACAAAAGUUGGAAUGGUGCUUUAUAUUCAUAAUGCAAAUAAUGGUUAAUUACCUUGAAAAUGUAAAUUCUACACUUUUUAUACGCUUUUAUGAAAUGCCAGAAGUUUAUUUCACGUUUCAGUUUUUUACUUAAAUGACUCAAACUGAUUAGUCAGUUUAUUGCAUAGAACUUUAAAAUCGUGGGGUCAGAUGUUAAAAACAAGAAAGAAACCGAACAGAAUUUCUAAUCUUUCUCUGACAGAUGUAGCAGCUCACUAGUGAAACCAAACAAAACAUUUUUCAAAUCAUGAUGAUACAUGAAAUGCUGUAGAGAAAUACUGCAAAGACUAAUGAUUAAAAUAUAUGUGAUAUUGACUAUCUUUUGUGGUUUUAGUUUU